UAUGUUCAAGGGAAAGAUUUGGUCGAGAAUCUCAGCAAGCUACCAACAAGUAUGCGUAACUUGCAUACGUGGUACGGUGUUGCCGCAAAGGGAGGGAUGGAGACUAUCAUGGUGCGAGUUAAGGAAGAGCACUACUUCCAAGAAUACUCUGUGAGCGUUGACUUCUCCGAGCUUUUCCAGUUAUACAAUCUUCGGGCCCUCGACAAAUCUAUCGUCAGUUGCUAUUGUCUAUUGAAGAUGCUCGAAUGCAAAAGGGAUGAAAUCAAGGACAUUGGGUUCAUUGACCCGGACACAAUGCAUGUCAAGACCAUAGAAGAACCCCUCUAUAACAGGGAUACACCGGAGACUUUACUAAGGUUUUUGAAGCGACAACGUGACAAAAAGACAAUACUUUGGCCUUACAACUUCCAGUUUCACUUUAUUCUUAUCGUCAUUAAAAUGUACGAAGGAGAAGUUGAAGUCUUUGACUCACUAACCAAAGAGCCUAUACAAUACAAGUCUUGUUUUCUUAUGCUCAAAAGGUAAUUCAAAUUCUUAUCGGUUUUUUUGUUAGUUUCCUGAUAUCAACUGAUUGAUAACUCUUUUGUGCAUUUUCUUUUGUCGGGCAGC